AAGUAGUAGAAGAAGAAAUCUGCUCAUUUAUCAACAGGAAGUAGAUGCUGUUGUCGACUCGUACUUAAUGUAUAACUUUUUCUUUUAGUAAAAACAACCUUAUUAUCGCAGAUCUUUUUAAACAUGUGAGUUCUCUUUUUUGGAAACGUAAACAAAACAAAUACUUUGCAGGUAGAUUUUAGAGCUAGCCUGUAAAGUGACAGAUUUGUUGCACUAUGCCCUGUCGUGUCAUCUCCUGCGUUGCACUGCUGCUCUCUGUUGGAAUAUUGAUGAAUGAGGUUAAAGCUGAUGAGUUUACUGAAAAAAUUGAACCUCCAGACUGGAGAAAGACCUUAAAAUCCAUCCGGAACGGGAUUCACAGGAUUGACACAUACCUUAACAUGGCUUUGGACCUGAUCGGAGGUUCAGACGGACGGUGUCUCUUUAAGUGCAGCGACGGGUACACACCAGUUCCUCGCCCCAACUACAAACCAGCUCCACCCAACGGAUGCGGCUCCCCACUGUUUGGGUUUCAGUUUGAUGUUGGGAUUCCAUCUAUGACCAGAUGCUGUAAUGAGCAUGAUCAAUGCUAUGAUACCUGUGGGAGAAAGAAAAAUGACUGUGAUGAGCAGUUUCAGGUCUGUCUGGAGAGCAUUUGUGGGCAUUUACAAAUGACACUGGGCUUGUCCCAAAGUGUUCAAGCCUGUGAGUCAGCAGUGACUUUGCUCUUUGAUACUGUCAUGCACUUGGGAUGUAAGCCUUACCUGGAUAGCCAAAGAUCAUCCUGUAUUUGUCACUAUGAGGAGAAGGCUGAUCUGUGAACACUAAUUAUGUAUAUUGUGAUAUAUUGAUUGUUUGUUAUUGCCUCAGGGUACAGCACAACUCAUUACCUUAUGUUUUUUGUUUGUAUUUGUUUAUUGCAUUGUGAGCUGUUUAUGUUGUAAUUGCAAAUGAAGUGAGAUUAAUGUGAUUCUAAAUAUAUAAUAAUAUAUAAAAUAUAUUUUUAUAUUUAUAAAUGUAUGAAAUUAACGUGAUAAAUAAGAUCUAAUGUAUAAAUACUGCUGUUCCUUUUCAUUUAAUAUAUAUAUAUAAAUAUACGUAUAUAUAUAUAGUGAAUACAAAUAAAGUGACGCUAUUCAAAAUCAA